UGUGUUGUGAUUUUGCAUAGUUUUAGCUUUGUUAUUUCAUAUAUAUUCAUGCAUUAACCUUACAUUUAUUUGCAUUUAGAGUCUAUUGCAUGUACAUUUGCAUCUUGUAGGUGUUGGAUGAAUUGUUUGGAGUUUUGGAGGUGAUUAGAGCACAAAAGGAGCUUUCGAGGAGUCUUGAACCGAACGUGUGAAAGACAAGCAUGGAUGAAGGUCUUAAAGAUAUCUUUUGAAACUUGUCUUUUGGGAAGACAUGGUAAAUUGAGUUAGCUUUACAAUGGAGGUGGUUUCAAGUCGUUUGGAGCUGUAUUGAGGGAUUUAUGAUCAAAAUACUACACACAUAUCAGUAUGACAUUCCUAGCGGCCACCCUAGCAACAUCAACAAUAGCCUUCGAAUUGUGUGUGCAACAUGGAGAAAGUGGAGAAAACUUUAAUGAGUGAGUUUUAUCUCUUUAAAGCUUGCAACAUGGGGGAUGGGUUGUCUAUCAUGAGUUUGGUGGCUCUUUUGGCCUAACUUUCUCUACCUUUUCUGAAGAGGCAAGACUACUUUGGCCAUAUGAAGGGGCAAAAGGUGUUCUAUAAUGGAAGAAAGUGGAGAAUAACUUUUAUGAGUGUGUUUUAUGCUUUAUGCUUUCACAUGAUGGAUGUGUUGUCAUCCUCCUUUACUUAGGCUAUAAAAGAGACUGCAAGGGGAAGGAGGAAGACACAAUACACAAAGUACAAUACAACAAAGAGUAGAGAGUGAAAGUUUUAUAGUUUCAUAUUUUGUAUUUUGAGAGUUUGAGAAAAAACAUUUGUUCUUGGAGUGUUCUUGAAGUUUAUGUUAUAAAGUCUUGUUUUCCUUUAGCCAUUCUCUUCAUCUAAUUUCUGUUUUUCUUGUUUUCAUAUAUCAUAUCAUCUUGGGUAUGCUUCUAUCCAUCAUGGGAUUAAGUGUAAACAAGAUGAUUAGUGAGUAAUCACCCUUAGGAUCAAUGGGUUAGGUAGAUUAAUGGGUGAUUAGGGAAGAGUUAAGGUGUUCUAAUGGUUAAAUGCUUAGAUUUCUAUGCUUACUAAGUAUUCUUAAUGCUAGAUUAAUUUUGGCCAUUUUAAUCUAGAUUCUAAGUGUUUGUAGGGCAUCGAAAGUGUUUGCAUAAUGCUUGAAUGGACCUAGUAAAGCUCUAGCUUGAAUAACCAAGGAAUUGUUGUUAGGAUUGCUAGAUGGUUAGUAGACUAGAACUUAAUGUAUGUUUGAGUGAACAAAACGAACGGAAGUUGAUGUUUAGUUCAUAAUUGCAUAAGGGUUUCUACCACGGGAGUGGAUUAAUCUAAAUUGAAUGAAAUCUAGACCUAUAGAAAGUUAAGAUUAUUUGAAGUUAGACGCCUUGAUUUAGAACUAUCACCUUGAAAUCAAUUGUCUAUAUACCCAUUGGUUCUUCUUUGUUAUAUUUGAAUUAAAACUCAAGUUAUUUCGCACUAUUACUUGUUACAAACAAACAUCAUUUGAUUGCACUUAGAUUGAGAUAAAUGGCUUGCAUUCUUAGUGCUUAGAAUCACUAGAGAUUGGAUUGACAUCUUAAGUACUACAACACUUAAGGAUUAAACUUAUCCUUUAUCAAGUUUUGGCGCCGUUGCCAUUCUCUAGAUUGAUUUUGACAUUAGGAUUUGGUCAUUACUUGAGACUAAGUCUUAUUUUUCAUUUUUAAGUUACUAAUUAUCUAUCUUCAUCUCUAUUUGGAUGACAGGUGCAUGAACUUGAGAAGCAAAGGAUCAACAAAUCUUGCACCAAGAGUGGACAACAUCAAAGCCUUAGAAAGAGAGUUGGGAAGACAGAGAAGAGAAAGAGAAAAGCAAGCCCACUUACAUAGAUUGGGGCUUGAGAUGGAGAGAAACCCGAAUCAACCGGAAGGUGUCUAUGAAGUUGAUGAUCAUAGACAAAAUGUCCAAGGAGUUCCUCCUGGAGCUGCUCAAGAGGAACAUGGCCAAGGAGCUGCAAACCUUAGGCCUCAAAAUCAACAACGCCUGGGAAGAUCCAUUGGCACUUAUGAUCAACCUAACAUAAAUGGGAAUAGGUUGGGCAUUAGGGCACCGCCAGUUGCCAACAACAAUUUCGAGAUCAAGUCAAGCCUCAUCAACAUGAUUGAAAACAACAAGUACCAUGGACUUGCCUUGGAAGACCCACUAGAUCACCUUGACAGAUUUGAUAAGUACUGUGGCUUGUCAAAAACAAAUGGAGUUUCAGAGGAUGCUUUCAAGCUCAGAUUGUUUCCCUUCUCUUUGGGAGACAAGGCUCACACUUGGGAGAAAAACAUCUCAAGUGAUACUAUCACCACUUGGGAUGAAUGCAAGAAGGCCUUCCUCAACAAGUUCUUCUCAGCUACAAGGACUGCCAACCUUAGAAAUCAGAUCUCUGGUUUUCAACAAAGAGGACUUGAAGGAUUUUUAGACGCAUGGGAGAGAUUCAGAAGCUACCUGUCUCAAUGUCCUCACCAUGGCUUCAACAAUGAGAGCUUGCUAAGCACUUUCUACAGAGGAGUCUUGCCUAAAUUCAAAAGCCAGCUUGACACUGCAAGCAAUGGAAACUUCUUGGGGAGGACUGUGGAAGAUGCUUUAGAACUCUUGGAGAACAUGACACAGAGUGACUCUGUCUACAAUGAUGAAUAUGAUAGAAGAGACAGAGGUGGUGGAGGAGAAGAUAUGACCACAAAGAGAGAGCUGAAAGCACUUCAAGACAAGAUUGACAUGCUACUAUCAGAAAAGACCAAGAAAGAGGAGUUACAUAUGGUUGCUGAAGUUGAUAGAGUAGAAUGCCAAGAAGAUAUGUACUAUGUCAAUGCUCAGGGUACAUGGUACAAGAAGGAGCCUGACUAUCAAUACCAGAACAACUACCAACAGAAACCCUUCUACAACAACCAACAGAAGCCAUUCAACAACUACCAGCCAAGACCAUUCUACAACAAUCAGCCUAAGCCAUUCUACAACAACAACCAAGGUGGUUACCAACCCAAACAGAACUUCCCUCCUGGAUUCUCACCAAAACCAAGUCAACCUGCACAAGACCAAGCUGGAUCAUCAACACAACCUCCACAAGAGAGUAGUACUGAAGCUAUGCUGAAACAAUUAUUGGAGGGACAAGCAAGAAGUGAGAAACAAUUAGGGUAUGAGCUGAAAAAUCUCCACAACAAGAUUGAUGGGAAUUACCAUGAUCUAAACAACAAGUUCAAAGCCUUGGAGAACCAGUUUGUCUCUAUGACAGCCAGCUCAAGUCGCCAACAAGGUUCCCUACCUGGAAAGCCUGAACAAAACCCAAAGGAGACAAUAAAGGCAAUCACCCUAAGGAGUGGAAGAGAGUUGCCUCCUAAAGUUCUCAUUAAGGAUAAUGAGAAACAAGGUGGGGAGGUGGUCAUCAAUGUAGAUGAUGAUGUGGUGAUUGUGGAUGAGAAGACUAAUGAGGAAAUCUUGGAGAAGAUAGUUGAAGCUAAGGGCAAGAGAAAGAUUGGAGAGGAGAAAGUUGAGAACAAAAAUGAGGCUGCUACAUCAACAAAGGAGAAAUUGUUCACUCCUCCUCCCUAUGAGCCAAAGCUUCCCUUUCCUGGAAGAUUCAAGAAGCAACUCCUAGAGAAGUACAAAGCCUUGUUUGACAAGCAAAUGAGUGAAGUUCAUCUCACCAUGCCCAUAAUUGAUGCAUUUAUGCUGGUUCCACAAUACAGCAAGUUCUUGAAAGAUGCUGUAGAACAAAAGAAGAAAGAGAUGGAAGGGAUGGUGAUUCUUACUCAUGAGUGCAGCGCCAUUAUUCAGAGACUGACUGUCCCAAGGAAGCUAGAAGACCCUGGUAGUUUCACCCUGCCAUGCGCCAUUGGACCUUUGACAUUUGAGAGAUGUCUAUGUGAUUUGGGAGCAAGUGUCAGCCUCAUGCCACUAUCCAUUGCCAAGAAGCUUGGGUUUACACAAUAUAAAAAGUGCAAGAUCUCUUUGGUGCUAGCUGAUCGAUCUGUCAAGCUCCCCAUUGGCAUCCUAGAAGAUCUUCCUGUCAAGAUAGGAAAUUGUGAAGUGCCUACUGACUUUGUAGUGCUUGAGAUGGAUGAAGAGCCUAGAGAUCCUUUGAUCUUUGGAAGACCUUUCUUGGCAACUGCUGGAGCAAUGGUGAAUGUGAGAGAUGGCACAAUUGAUCUCCACCUUGAAAAAGAUCACACUCUCCAUUUUGAUAUCAAGGAGAUGAUGAAGAAGCCCACAACUCAAAGAGAAAUAUUCUACAUUGAUGAGAUGGAUGUCUUGGCUGAUGAUUUCCUUGAGGAGUUAGCGAUUGAGGACUCUCUUCAACAUGCCCUGACCAUUGAAAGAGAGACCCAAAUGAUUGAAAACAAGGAGAGUGAUGAGCUAGUAAGAAGGCUAGAUGUUCACCUUGAGGAGGAUGGAGAAGAUGAGUUCAUGGAGUUGCCACAAGUGACUCAACAUGCUGCCUCAGCAGACAUUCAAGAGAACCUCCAUGAAGCUGAUUGGAGUGAGCUCAAGGCACCAAAAGUGGAGCUUAAACCUCUUCCCGAUGGUGUAAGGUAUGCUUUCCUUGGACCUAAUGAGACAUAUCCUGUCAUUGUGAGUAGUGAGCUGACUGAGAAUGAAUUGUCUAUGCUUUUAAAUGAACUUAAAAAGUAUAGAAAAGCACUAGGAUACUCACUUGAUGACAUUAAAGGAAUCUCACCAUCUUUGUGCAUGCAUAGGAUACAUCUAGAGGAUGAAUCUAAAACUUCAAUUGAACACCAAAGAAGAUUAAAUCCUAAUUUGAAAGAUGUUGUUAAAAAAGAGAUAAUCAAAUUGUUAGAUGCUGGUGUGAUCUAUCCUAUCUCUGAUAGCAAUUGGGUUUCACCUGUGCAUGUAGUUCCUAAAAAGGGUGGCAUAACAGUUGUUAAGAACGAAAAUGAUGAGUUAAUACCAACAAGAACAAUAACUGGACAUAGGAUGUGCAUUGACUAUCGAAAACUGAAUGCAGCCUCUAGAAAGGAUCAUUUCCCUUUACCAUUCAUUGAUCAGAUGUUAGAGAGGCUAGCUAACCAUCCCUAUUAUUGUUUCCUUGAUGGAUACUCUGGAUUUUUCCAAAUCCCUAUACACCCAAAUGACCAAGAGAAAACGACAUUCACUUGUCCUUAUGGUACCUUUGCAUAUCGAAGGAUGCCAUUUGGACUGUGCAAUGCACCAGCAACAUUCCAAAGAGCAAUGAUGUCGAUUUUCUCUGAUCUUAUUGAGGAUGUAAUGGAGGUGUUUAUGGAUGAUUUUUCUGUAUACGGUUCUUCGUUUGCUACUUGUUUGUCAAAUCUUUGCAGGGUAUUACAGAGAUGUGAGGACACUAACCUGGUGCUCAAUUGGGAGAAGUGUCACUUCAUGGUCAAGGAAGGGAUUGUUCUUGGACACAAAGUUUCUGAGAAAGGAAUUGAAGUGGACAAAGCCAAGAUAGAUGUCAUGGUUGGUCUAGCUCCACCAAGAACAGUGAAGGAUAUAAGAAGCUUCCUUGGCCAUGCUGGUUUCUACAGAAGGUUCAUCAAAGACUUCUCCAAAAUAGCUAGACCAUUGACCAAGCUGCUGUGCAAGGAGAUCAUCUUCAACUUUGAUGAAGAAUGCCUAGAAGCCUUUAAGAAGCUGAAGGAGGAGCUCACCAGUGCCCCAAUAGUUCAACCACCAGAUUGGAGUCUACCCUUCGAAAUCAUGUGCGACGCCAGUGACUAUGCUGUGGGGGCAGUCUUGGGGCAAAAGAAGGACAAGAAGACACAUGUGAUCUACUAUGCUAGUAGAACACUUGAUGAUGCCCAAAUGAAGUAUGCCACAACUGAGAAGGAGCUGUUGGCAAUUGUCUAUGCCUUCGAGAAGUUCAGGAGCUACCUGGUAGGGUCUAAGGUCAUUGUAUACACUGAUCAUGCUGCACUACGACAUCUACUAGCCAAGAAGGAUGCCAAGCCAAGGCUGCUCAGAUGGAUAUUAAUACUACAAGAGUUUGAUCUCGAAAUCAAGGACAAGCCAGGAGUGGAGAAUGGUGUAGCUGAUCACCUUUCAAGAUUAAGAGUGGAGUGUGGGAUUCCUAUUGAUGAGGGACUCCCUGAAGAGCAGAUUAUGGCUAUAGAAGCAAUGGUCACAGCUUGUGAGACUGGAAGGAAGAUUGAAGAAAUGAAGGCAAUUGAUGAAACAGGCCCAUGGUAUGCUGAUCUAGUGAACUACUUGGCAUGUGGAAGGGAACCAUUGAAUCUGACAGGCUAUGCAAGGAAGAAGUUCUUCAAGGAUGUGAAGAGAUACUACUGGGACGAGCCUUACCUCUACACUCUUUGCAAAGAUCAAAUCUAUAGAAGAGUAGUAGCUCAAGAGGAGGUGGAAGGAAUCCUCACACACUGCCAUGGAUCAGCCUAUGGAGGUCACUUUGCCACCUUCAAGACUGUCUCCAAGGUGCUACAAGCAGGAUUUUGGUGGCCCCAUAUGUUCAAAGACACACAAGAGUUUGUGUCAAGGUGUGACCCAUGCCAAAGGAGAGGGAACAUCACCAAGAGAAAUGAGAUGCCUCAAAAUCCUAUCUUGGAAGUGGAAGUGUUUGAUGUGUGGGGCAUUGACUUCAUGGGACCAUUCCCAUCUUCCUAUGGUAAUGAAUACAUUCUUGUUGCUGUGGAUUAUGUCUCCAAAUGGGUGGAAGCUAUAGCCAGCCCAACCAAUGAUGCUAAGGUUGUCCUCAAGAUGUUCAAGAGCAUUAUCUUCCCAAGGUUUGGAGUCCCAAGAGUUGUGAUCAGUGAUGGAGGCACCCACUUCAUCAACAAACUUUUUGAGAACCUUCUUAAGAAGAAUGGUGUCAAGCACAAGGUGGCAACUGCUUAUCAUCCCCAAACAAGUGGCCAAGUUGAGAUUUCCAACAGGGAGAUAAAGUCCAUUUUGGAGAAGACUGUGGGGACAACAAGGAAGGAUUGGUCUACAAAGCUUGAUGAUGCACUUUGGGCCUAUAGGACUGCUUUCAAGACACCCUUGGGAACCACUCCCUUCAAUCUUGUCUAUGGGAAAGCUUGCCAUCUGCCAGUGGAGCUUGAGUACAAGGCAUUAUGGGCUGUUAAGAUGCUGAACUUUGACAUCAAGAGUGCCAAAGAGAAAAGACUUUUCCAACUCCAUGAGCUUGAUGAGAUUCGACUUGAUGCUUUUGAGAACUCAAGGAUUUACAAAGAAAAGACCAAGGCAUUCCAUGACAAGAAGAUCCUGAAGAGGGAGUUCAACAUUGGAGAUCAAGUGUUGCUCUUCAACUCUCGAUUGAAGUUGUUCCCUGGAAAACUUAAGUCAAGAUGGUCCGGCCCUUUCAAGAUCAAAGAAGUGAGGCCAUAUGGAGCAAUUGUGCUUUGGAACAAGACCGGUGGGGACUUUACAGUGAAUGGCCAAAGAGUCAAGCUGUACAUGGCGGCCACACCUGAGAAGGAAGGAACCUCGGUUCCACUUACCGAUCCCAAACCAGCCUAAACCAAAAAGGGGUAGUCAAGCUAGAGACUUAAAACAAGCUCACUUGGGAGGAAGUCCCACAUCUAUCCCUAUAUAUAUUACUGUUUAACUUGUGUGGUUUUUCUUUUGUGUGUUUGAUAAGUGUGUUUAAAAUUUUCAGGUGAUUCUCCACUUAAUCAAAGAAGAAAGAUGGCCAUCCAGCAAACCUACAAGUGUUAAAAUUAUUCAACUCCAUCUAGCAACUCCAAGCUAAGUGUCUCUACAACCAUUGGAAAUAUAUAGUUUUCAUGUUUGUUUCUUCUAGACCUCUUCUUUCACCUUGCUCUCACACAAGAGACUGUGUGAAGUAAGUGUGGGGGGGAGAGUCUACUUAUCUCACAUGUUUUCUGUUUUGUUUACUUGUCAUAAGCAUUGCAUAUCCAUUUGCAUAGAAAAUCCAUAAAAAUUUGCAAAAUUCCAAAAAUUACAAAAAAAAAAAACAUUUAGUUAUAUCAUUUGCAUCUUUAGGUUUGAGUCUAGAUCAUAUAGAAUGCAUAGGUAAAAUCCUUACAAAGGACUCAUGCAAUGAACUCAUUGUUGAUACCCUUUUGAAUCAUAAUAAGUAGCUUGAGCUUCUUCUGAAUUUCUUGUAGACUUCGAGCCUUGAAAACUCCUCUUAAGACUCAUUGAAUCUUACUCUUUGAAACCAACUCCGAUCUUAGUUGACUUAAAUGAACUUAAUGCUUCUUGCUUAUGGUCUCUUGAGUACUAAAUCAUGGCUUUACACACACUUGAGCUUGUAUAAACCGUUUUACCAAUCUUUUUGACAACUCAAGUGGUAGUCCAUACCCUAAACCCUUCCCUUCUUUCAAACCAUCAUUAAUUGUUGAGUGAGGUCUUUUUGUGAAAGCUUGUCAUGUGCAAAAUCUUGAAAGUAUUAGGAGCGACAUUGAUUUGUUCUCAUCUCUUGCUAGCAUUAGGACCUCUUUUGGGCUAGCAUCUAGGAUGGUGGUUGGAAUGAUGUGCUUUAAUUAUUUUGAUCUUGGGGAUUGAAUUGGGAAAGAUUAUGUAAAGGAAAUGAAUCAAAAAGUGUGUCUAAAAAAAAAAAAAAAAAAAAAAAAAUUAAGAAGAUAGCUCAGAUUGUGUCAAUAAAAACCCCAAAAAGAAAAAAAAAAGAAUGGGGAAAAGAAAAUUUUGAGCUAAGAUACAUAGUUGUUAAGACAAAGAAAAGAAAAGAAAAGAAAAGAGUGUUCAUUGGGUAAGAGAUGAAAAUGGGUGUAUAUUUGGGAUUUGAGAUGAAGAAAAGAAAGGGUAGAACUUAAAAAUUGUCUAGGAAAAGGGUAGAAUGAUGAGAACCGAUUUAUGUAUGCAUUAAUUGCUUCUUUUCUUAGAUAAAUUUUGCAUAAUGAUCAAGCUCCUAUUCUUGAGUGUAAGUCACCAUAGCAAAAAGUAUUUGGACCCUUCUCAUUCUUCACAUUAAGCCAUUUUUUCUCACCAAACCAAAUGAUUUGGACCAAUUGGCAAUUUGCGAGAAUUCACUUAUGAUAUUUCUUAUUGAAUGUGAGAGUUGGUUGAUUUGAGGAUUCAUGAUAAUGAGUUAAAAGAUCAAAGGAAUUGAUAGGCCUAGAGAAGUUAGAGCUAAUAAAAACAUUUUGCUCUUGCUAUUUGGUAUGAUUUUGUAAGGAUAUCACAACGAUGGCAUUGAAGAGUUUCUUAAGGUCAUGAAUUUCCAUGUGUGUAUUGAAACAUCACUUCCCAUGUUCUUGAAAGUUUACUUGAGGACAAGUAAAGGACUAGUGUGGGGGAGUUGAUGUGUUGUGAUUUUGCAUAGUUUUAGCUUUGUUAUUUCAUAUAUAUUCAUGCAUUAACCUUACAUUUAUUUGCAUUUAGAGUCUAUUGCAUGUACAUUUGCAUCUUGUAGGUGUUGGAUGAAUUGUUUGGAGUUUUGGAGGUGAUUAGAGCACAAAAGGAGCUUUCGAGGAGUCUUGAACCGAACGUGUGAAAGACAAGCAUGGAUGAAGGUCUUAAAGAUAUCUUUUGAAACUUGUCUUUUGGGAAGACAUGGUAAAUUGAGUUAGCUUUACAAUGGAGGUGGUUUCAAGUCGUUUGGAGCUGUAUUGAGGGAUUUAUGAUCAAAAUACUACACACAUAUCAGUAUGACAUUCCUAGCGGCCACCCUAGCAACAUCAACAAUAGCCUUCGAAUUGUGUGUGCAACAUGGAGAAAGUGGAGAAAACUUUAAUGAGUGAGUUUUAUCUCUUUAAAGCUUGCAACAUGGGGGAUGGGUUGUCUAUCAUGAGUUUGGUGGCUCUUUUGGCCUAACUUUCUCUACCUUUUCUGAAGAGGCAAGACUACUUUGGCCAUAUGAAGGGGCAAAAGGUGUUCUAUAAUGGAAGAAAGUGGAGAAUAACUUUUAUGAGUGUGUUUUAUGCUUUAUGCUUUCACAUGAUGGAUGUGUUGUCAUCCUCCUUUACUUAGGCUAUAAAAGAGACUGCAAGGGGAAGGAGGAAGACACAAUACACAAAGUACAAUACAACAAAGAGUAGAGAGUGAAAGUUUUAUAGUUUCAUAUUUUGUAUUUUGAGAGUUUGAGAAAAAACAUUUGUUCUUGGAGUGUUCUUGAAGUUUAUGUUAUAAAGUCUUGUUUUCCUUUAGCCAUUCUCUUCAUCUAAUUUCUGUUUUUCUUGUUUUCAUAUAUCAUAUCAUCUUGGGUAUGCUUCUAUCCAUCAUGGGAUUAAGUGUAAACAAGAUGAUUAGUGAGUAAUCACCCUUAGGAUCAAUGGGUUAGGUAGAUUAAUGGGUGAUUAGGGAAGAGUUAAGGUGUUCUAAUGGUUAAAUGCUUAGAUUUCUAUGCUUACUAAGUAUUCUUAAUGCUAGAUUAAUUUUGGCCAUUUUAAUCUAGAUUCUAAGUGUUUGUAGGGCAUCGAAAGUGUUUGCAUAAUGCUUGAAUGGACCUAGUAAAGCUCUAGCUUGAAUAACCAAGGAAUUGUUGUUAGGAUUGCUAGAUGGUUAGUAGACUAGAACUUAAUGUAUGUUUGAGUGAACAAAACGAACGGAAGUUGAUGUUUAGUUCAUAAUUGCAUAAGGGUUUCUACCACGGGAGUGGAUUAAUCUAAAUUGAAUGAAAUCUAGACCUAUAGAAAGUUAAGAUUAUUUGAAGUUAGACGCCUUGAUUUA